AUGUCUCCUCCCGAGAAGCAGAAGGUUUUGGGCAUGCCGCCCUUUAUGGCGGACUUCUUGAUGGGUGGUGUCUCCGCCGCCGUCUCGAAGACCGCUGCUGCUCCCAUCGAGCGUGUUAAGCUUCUCAUCCAGAACCAGGAUGAGAUGAUCAAGUCUGGCCGUCUCGACCGCCGCUACAAUGGCAUCACCGACUGCUUCAAGCGCACCAUGGCCGAUGAGGGUACCCUGUCUCUGUGGCGUGGUAACACUGCCAACGUCAUCCGAUACUUCCCUACCCAGGCCCUGAACUUUGCUUUCCGCGACAAGUUCAAGAAGAUGUUUGGCUUCAAGAAGGACCGUGAUGGCUAUGGCAUGUGGAUGCUGGGCAACCUGGCCUCUGGUGGUGCUGCCGGUGCCACUUCUAUGCUUUUCGUUUACUCUCUUGACUACGCCCGUACCCGUCUGGCCAACGAUGCCAAGAACGCCAAGAAGGGCGGUGAGCGCCAGUUCAACGGCCUUGUCGACGUCUACCGCAAGACCGUUGCCUCCGAUGGUAUUGCCGGUCUCUACCGUGGUUUCAUGCCCUCUGUCGCUGGUAUCAUCGUCUACCGUGGUCUCUACUUCGGCAUGUACGACUCCAUCAAGCCCGUCCUCCUGGUUGGCUCUCUGGCGAACAACUUCUUGGCCUCCUUCGCUCUCGGCUGGUGCGUCACCACUGGUGCCGGUAUCGCUGCCUACCCUCUUGACACCAUCCGUCGUCGCAUGAUGAUGACCUCUGGUGAGGCCGUCAAGUACAAAAACUCCUUCGAUGCCGCCCGCCAGAUUGUUGCCAAGAACGGCGUCAAGUCCCUGUUCAACGGUGCCGGUGCCAACAUUCUCCGUGGCGUCGCCGGUGCUGGUGUGCUCUCCAUCUACGAUCAGCUCCAGCUGAUCCUCUUCGGAAAGGCCUUCAAGGGCGCUUAA